GGGAGUUCGUUCUGUAUCGCGAGAUUUCCGUAGUUUCUGUCUGAGCAAAGUGGUCGGGUAAUGAUGGCAGCGGGGUUAGCUAGUUGGCUAUAAUUUGAGAUGGAUUGAGGUAUGUGGAGCAAUACUUACUGCAGCCAGUAGGUUCCAGUGUUGUCCCCCUCCCCCCCCCAUCCAAAUUCUGCCAGGAUGUUCCCAGGCCUGGCCCAAAGACCGUGGCAUGUCUUCUGUCGAGUUUACCUGCAACAGAGAGCCCCCUUGUCACAAAGAGCACCAAGACUGGGACGGCCAUGUCAGUGGUGGCAGGGUGCAGGCGGGGUGCACAGCAUCUGGUUCAGUCUCCCAGACAGCCCUGUGGCAGCUUUAGCGGUGGCUCAGAACCAUUACUACUCCACGUCUAGCGGCAGUAAGGAUGGGUCCUCGUCUGGGCCAGACAAAACUGACACAGCCGAAAAGACUGCGGAAUCUCCUCCAGAGCCCACUGUGCCCGUUGGAAGUAAAACAGCACAAGAUCUCACAAUCCACAGCCCAGUCAAGUCUAUCCAAGUGAAAGUGCGGGCUGUACUGAAGAAGAGGGAGUAUGGUGCGAAGUACACCCAAAAUAACUUCAUCACAGCUGUUAGAGCCAUGAACGAGUUCUGUCUGAAACCCAGUGACCUGGAGCAGCUGCGGAAGAUCCGUCGACGCAGUCCCCAUGAUGACACCGAAGCGUUUACAGUCUUCCUGCGCUCUGACGUGGAGUCAAAGGCUCUGGAAGUGUGGGGUAGCCAGGAAGCACUUGCCAGGGAGAGGAACCUGAGGAGUGAGGUGGAGAUGGAGUAUAAAGAAAAUUUAUUUCGCAAUCAGCAGCUUUUGAAAGAAUACAAAGAUUUCUGGGGCAACACAAAGCCUCGAUCGGGUAAGCGGACCACGUUUUUACAAGGCCCAGGGAAGGUGGUGAUGGUCGCCAUGUGCAUAAAUGGGCUGAAUUUCAUCUUCAAGCUCUUGGCUUGGGUCUACACUGGAUCAGCCAGCAUGUUCUCUGAGGCCAUCCACUCACUAGCCGACACCUGCAACCAAGCCCUGUUGGCUUUGGGCAUUAGUCAGUCAGUAAGGAACCCUGAUGCUGUGCACCCGUAUGGCUUCACCAACAUGCGCUACAUCGCCUCCCUCAUUAGUGGGGUGGGCAUCUUCAUGAUGGGGGCAGGGCUAUCCUGGUAUCACGGCAUCGUGGGACUCAUGAACCCGCAGCCAAUGGAGUCCCUGCUCUGGGCCUACUGCAUUCUGGCUGGAUCUCUGGUCUCAGAGGGAGCUACACUGCUGGUGGCAGUCAAUGAGAUUAAGAAAAGCGCUCGUCUCCAAGGGUUGUCUUUCUAUGAGUACGUGAUGCAGUCUCGAGACCCCAGCACCAAUGUGGUCCUGCUGGAAGACGCAGCAGCUGUGCUGGGAGUCAUCCUUGCUGCCAGCUGCAUGGGCCUCACCUCCCUCACAGGCAACCCGCACUACGACUGCCUGGGCUCCCUGGGGGUUGGCACCCUGCUGGGCACGGUCUCCGCCUUCCUCAUCUACACCAACACCGAGGCCCUGCUGGGCCGCUCCAUCCAGGCCGAGCACGUGCAGAAGCUCACAGAGUUCCUGGAGAACGACCCCGCCGUCAGGGCGAUUCACGAUGUCAAAGCUACGGACAUGGGCUUGAGCAAAGUGCGCUUCAAGGCGGAGGUAGACUUUGAUGGGAGGGUGGUGACACGGUCCUACUUGGAGAAGCAGGACAUCGAUCAAAUACUCAGCGAGAUCCAGCAGGUGAAGACUGCAGAGGAGCUGGAGAACUUCAUGCUCAAGCACGGGGAAAACAUCAUCGACAUGCUCGGAGCAGAGGUUGAUCGGCUAGAGAAGGAACUCAAGCAACGCAAUCCUGAGGUGCGCCACGUUGACCUGGAGAUCCUGUAGCGGCAGUGGGACCCUGUCCGGAACCCCCAGAAAGAGGCGGAGCCAAGGGCAGAAUACUCCUGGAUCUUCACCACCCCAUCCAAUCAGCUCAUCAUAAGUCUUAUGUCGCCAAAGUCCAAUACGUCAACCCUUCACUUCUCUCCAAUCCACGCCGUCAUCUGUGCACAUCGCCCCAGGACGCAUUUCUGGUGACCUGACCGCACCUUGACCACAGCUGUUCACGUUUCGACCAGAAAGCAUCCCAUAAAUGCAGCAAGAGCGCUUCUUUUUCAGUGCGGUUAUGAAUCAUGUUCACAAAGUUUCUUGGUUAAUUACAUGGACUGAGUUUCAACAUCUUCGUCACAAGGCUGGUGAUUGUGAGAGCUGGCGACCCCAGCCAGCCCCUUUGUGGUUGGAGCAGUAAAAAUGGGUUCCUUUCACCGUUCACACCUGGUGGCUAUCCUCUGGCUUUCCCUGCUCCAUGCAAUGAAAGUACACAUAGCACAAUCAGUAAUGAAGUGUUUGGGCAACUUGUAAAGAUUGCCGUUGUUGCUUUUUGAAAGCAUUAGUCUGGUGGAUUUUGAAAUGGGUAGCAGUUACGCAUUUAGCCCACAUUGACAUGGACGGAAAAAAAAAACCAUUGCAGUCCACCAAAAUGCAUAUAUAUAUAUAUAUAUAUAUAUAUAUAUAUAUAUAUAUAUAUAUAUAUAUAUAUGAACGUUGUAAUAACAUUGUUUAUAUUGAAAGCCGAACAAUGUGUGUCGUGUAUUUCAGCAAAGGAAGGAAAUUGUAUCUCAGAGUCGGGUCAAUUCAAGAAUUUAUAAUAUAGAUAUAGCAAACCAAGUGAACAAGUGAAUUGACUGAAUCUGUGUUGCUCUUGAAGAAUAUUAGGCAUAAUUGUAAUAUUUUGAAAUGUAGUAAACAAAACAAAAAAACAAUACUUUGUUUUAAUUUUUCUUAGAAAUUAGGUUUUCAAAAUUCCAAGUGUAAGCCUAUUCCAUAGCUGAAGUGCAUAUUUUAAAAGUGCAGUUGUACCAUAGUCAUAAUCCCAAAGAAUUGAUUCAUAUUCCCAUUUGCAUAAUUGAAUUAGAACAGUGGGAUAAACCCACCCAAAAGCAGAAAGCAUCUUCACAUUGUAAAUAUAAUUUUUCCACUGACUUUUUCAGUUGACCGUUCUUUUGCAAUUGAUGGCCAUUGGUGUUUGCGGCUUCAUUUUCCCACCUCCUCACCAUCUCAUACCCACUCUAAACAUUGCCAUGCUGUUACAUGGAAGUGCUUGUCAUGCUAUCGGUAGCCUUAUGAUAAUUGUUAACGGAUGAAGAAAUUGUACGCCGUCAUCCAAACCUGAAGGACUUAGUUGCAUAGCUGAUGUCAUUCUGCUCUGCACAUGCACUGCUGUCUGUGAUAUUCAUUAUAAACACACUAAAUCAAUUUGCCUAUUGUGUUCCUAGAAGAUAAAGUAUACCUGCUAUCAUGCAGAAUUCAAAACAUAAGAAAUAUUUCAGAUUUAUGUGAAAGCUGUACUCCAUAUAUUGUAAACAGAUUAUUUAAAUAUGUGUAAUUUUAUGUAUACAUUGUAGAAUAUAUUGUAAAAUGGCAUACUAUAAAAUGUGUUCUAGAAUGUAUGCAUGGAAUUGUAUAUGUGAAAAUGACUGCUUAUGUAUUUGUGUGUGUGGAUACAAAAAAAAUGUUUUUUGUUGUGUUAGUCAUGAAUGACUGUUAUGAUCUUUUCAUUCAUAUUAACUUGAUGUUCUUUGCACAUACAGACUUAAAAGUAAAGACCUUCAAUUUCCAUGAAA